GACACCCUUUUGUUGCUUUGUUGUACUUUGAUCGCCACGUACUGUGUUAUUCGCCUGUGUUACCCAGAGUCGUCGUUCAUGUUUCAUCGCGAUCCCAUGUCCCUGCAGAUGGCGAUGUCGGGGUGCGCGAAUAAGGCUGCAUCUCCGGGGAAGCGGGUCCGGGGUUCUCCGCCCAACUUAACCCAAAUUCUCGGUCCGGAUCAGGGCUGCGUGCCCCGCAUUCUUCCGGAAGCCGGGUCAGAGUUAGAUGGUUAACAGAAUGCUCUGAGGUCGUCACCACAAUUCCACUUGACUUCCUGGUCUUUCACUACACCUACUGUGUGCAAGUCAAACGGGAUGCCACCCUUACGCGUUCGGCAGCCAUUAGAGGUGCCUAUAUUUGGCCCAGACACUGGUGCCCUGGCUGUCAACCUCGGUGCCAGUCGCCUCGAGCUCAACCGUGCUGGGUCAUAUGCCCUGGGCGGCACCACCCCGACUAUAUCCGACCUCUCCACUCUGCUAUCAUCCCUCAGCAGCUCUCCUCCUCCUCAAGCAGAAACAGGUCCACAAACCACCAGCCGCCCAGCAAUAAGGAUCAUGAUCCGUCCCCGCGGACCGCCCAACAACAUCAUCUCAGAAGGCACUACGUCAAACGAGCAGCAGCAAGACUUCAUCUACACCCCCGUCGAACUCGCCACCAUGGCCGCCUCCAUAACCACCUUUGCCGAAUCAGGCCUGCUUCGACCAGACCAAGGCGACGGGUUUGUCUUUGGCGUCUUGCGCCGUACAGCAACACCAACACCAACACCAACCGCGCAGUCAGUGAGCCUCGAGUUGGACGUCCCCCGCAACAAGCACCUUGUCGACCUGGCUCGGUCGUACGGGUUCGUGAGUGUGCUGCACCGCGCCGUGGACGAUCUCUUCUCUUGUACUUUAUCUUCAUUAGACAGGACCAGGACCGGUGAUGGUGAGGAGGAUGGGGGGACUAGCGGAGCUGCGGGACCGCAACAGCAGCUGGUUGAGUCGGUCAUGGAACGGGUGCGGGAGUGUGGAUUUGACGGCAUGCUGACUUCUGGUGGGAAGGGCGCAGCCGGGGACAAUGUGGAUCUUGUGAGGAGGGUUGUACGCGCUGCGAGCACCAUGGGCGUGGAGGUUAUUGUUGGUGGCGGGGUGAGGAGUGCAGGACUCAGGGGGUUGGUGGAGGGUCUCGGGACGGGGAACUUGAAGGGUGUGUGGUGGCAUUCUUCUUGUCUGCGGGCUGGUGACGAUGGGGGGAAGAGGUUUGAUGAGGAGGAGGAGAGGCGGUUGGUGCAGGAGAUGAGGGUUUUGGGUUUGGGUCUCUAGGAGAACAGGUGACGGUGCCAAUGUCAGUGCAAUGGCGCUCAGUAUUGGUACUUAUAUAAAGGUGGGUUAGUGAUAUCGAGAGUCUUGCUGGAU